AUGAGAGGAAGCAAAGAGUAUGAGCGGCAGCGUCCGGAGGCGCGUAGGUGCUGAGAAGGUGCAGACUCCUGCCUUGCGUUUGUAUCGUGGGGAUAUGGUCGUUCAUAUGGGAGCAUUUCAGACGGAACGUUUUAUUUGGCGUCAUGGACAGGAAUUGGGACGCAUUCCUCCAAUUUGGUUCGCAAGGUAAGGUGAAUGCCUCAACGUGGACAUAUGCCGAUUCGGUAUCACCCCCGCG